AUGUUGUGCCGUUCUUUCAAGUCAUUCGUUUUUGCGCUGGCUCUCGGUGCCAACACCGUGUUGGCACAGGAUUCUGUCGAUUCGCUCGUGGGCCGUCGCCUCAUUGAGUAUCAGAUGCCGUUCGCCACUCAGACGCAUGGGAUUGCGCGCGUGCAGGAUACAAAUUUCGUGCUGCUGUCGCAGAUGUCUGAUAGCGAUCUUAUCAAGGUCGAGCUGGAUCCAACCACGUAG